AUGAGCUGUGUCUCUGCUACUUCUCUGGGAGGUUCACAGUCUGUCGGCAAGAACAAGAAGCUGUCCAAGCGAGGUGGUGUGCGCAAGAAGGCCGUGGACCCCUUCACGCGCAAGGAGUGGUACAGCAUCAAGGCCCCUACCUUCUUCCAGCAGCGUGACCUUGGCAAGACGCCCGUCAACCGGUCGCAGGGUCUCAAGAACGCCAACGAUGCGCUCAAGGGCCGCAUCCUCGAGGCUUCGCUCGGUGACCUCAACAAGGACGACGAGCAGGCCUUCAGGAAGUUCAAGCUCCGCGUCGAGGAGGUCCAGGGCCGCACCUGCCUGACCAACUUCUACGGCAUGGACUUCACCCAGGACAAGCUCCGCUCGCUCGUCCGCAAGUGGCAGAGCCUCAUCGAGGCGCACCAGGACAUCAAGACGACCGACGGCUACCUGCUCCGCGUCUUUGUCAUUGGCUUCACCAGGCGAAGGCUGAACCAGGUCAAGAAGACGACGUACGCCAAGUCUUCGCAGAUCCGCGCCAUCCGCCAGAAGAUGUUCGACAUUGUCCAGCGCGAGACGAGCAGCUGCGACCUCAAGGAGCUCGUCGCCAAGCUCAUCCCCGAGGUCAUGGGCCGCGAGAUUGAGAAGGCGUGCCAGGGCAUCUACCCUCUCAAGGACGUUUACGUUAGGAAGGUCAAGGUUCUCAAGACGCCCAAGUUCGAUGUCAGCAGACUCUUGGAGCUCCACGGUGGUGCUGCCGCCGUCGGUGCCGAGGACACGGGCGCCAAGGCCAAGUCGUCCGAGUUUGUCGAGCCCACCCCUCUUGCCUCGGUCUAA